AUGCCCACCCCACCCACAACCGUAACCCUCUCCGCCCUCGACGCCGGCCACCUUACCCUCCCAGAAAACCUCUUCAUCAACCCCCCCACCACCACACCCCCCCUCCGCACCACCGUCCCCUCCCUCUCCUUCCUCCUCCACCACGCCCCCACCAGCACGCACCUCCUCUUCGACCUCGGCCUCAAACGCGACGUUGCUGCCUACACCCCCGCGCAACAACACCACAUCGCACAGCGCCAGCCGCUUAUCACAUCCCCCGACUGCGCCGCCAGCCUGCGCGCGGGCGGCCUCGAUCCCGCAACCGACGUGGAUGAAGUCAUUCUGAGCCACGUGCAUUGGGACCACGUCGGCACGUCGGCGGAUUUUCCGCAAGCAAGGUUUGUGGUCGGCGCCGGGACGCUGGAUGUGCUGGCGCGGGGCGCGGGGCACCUGUAUCCGCGGGAAUUGUUCAACGCGGAUGAGGUGCCGAGGGGGCAGACGGUGGAGUUGCCGCCGGUGCCGGGGGGAGUGGUGGUGGACUGCGACAGGCGGGAUGGGGGAGAGGGGGGGCAGAAGGGGGAGGGGGAAGAGGAACAGGAGGAGGUGAGGGUGCGCGCGGCGCCGGCGGAGAAGCGGACGAAGCAUGUGUGGGAGCGGUUGGCCGGGUUGGGGGCGGCGGUGGAUUAUUUUGGGGACGGGAGCGUGUGGGUGGUUGAUGCGCCGGGGCAUAUGUAUGGCCAUGUCAAUCUGCUAGCGAGGGUUGGGGAGCGGAAGUGGGUGUAUCUGGGUGGGGACUGCUGCCAUGAUCCGAGGAUUCUGAGCGGCGAGAAGGGGAUCGCGAUGUAUGAUGAUGGGAGGGGUGGGAUGAGGAGUGUGCAUGUGGAUACGGAGGCGGCGAGGGGCACGCUAGAUCGGAUACAGGAGUUCUUGAGAGAGAAGAAAGUUAAUGGGGAAGAGGCUGAGGUGGAGGUGGUGGUUGCGCAUGAUAAGGAGUGGAGGGAGAAGAAUAGGCACAAGUUCUUUCCUGGAACAUUUUGA